GGGUUUGUCUCGGACCGAUGACGCUAAAAGACCUCGCCGCAGUGUUUUCCUCCUUUGUGUUUAUGAGUGACUGUAAAUAAUCCGCCUUUCUGCUGAAAUAUGGAUUAUAUCGGGAGGCUCGCGCAGAUAUUGGGUUUAUAUCUGAGUUAGAAAGAAGAAAUCAGACGCUUUUAUAAACCGGCAACAUGAAUAAAGGUUGGCUGGAGCUGGAAAGCGACCCCGGGCUCUUCACUCUGCUGGUGGAGGAUUUUGGUGUGAAGGGUGUUCAGGUAGAGGAGAUCUAUGACUUGCAGAGCAAAUGCCAAAGCCCGGUGUACGGCUUCAUUUUCCUCUUUAAAUGGAUCGAGGAGCGUCGCUCCAGGAGGAAAGUCUCCACCCUCGUAGAUGAAACCUCAGUUAUCGAUGAUGACAUCGUCAAUGACAUGUUUUUUGCCCACCAAUUAAUUCCCAACUCGUGUGCCACUCACGCAUUACUGAGCGUGCUCCUGAACUGCAGCGGUGUGGAGCUGGGAAUGACUCUCAGCCGCAUGAAAACUUUCACCAAGGGCUUCAAUCCAGAGAGUAAAGGAUAUGCCAUCGGAAACGCUCCAGAACUGGCUAAAGCCCACAACAGCCACGCCAGACCUGAACCACGGCACUUGCCGGAGAAGCAGAACGGCAUCAGCGCUGUGAGGACCAUGGAGGCUUUUCACUUCGUCAGCUACGUUCCCAUUAAGGACCGACUGUUUGAGCUGGAUGGACUCAAGACCUACCCAAUAGACCACGGGCCAUGGGGAGAGGAGGAGGAGUGGACAGACAAAGCCCGAAGGGUCAUUAUGGAAAGAAUCGGGCUAGCAACUGCAGGGGAACCGUACCAUGAUAUCCGCUUUAAUCUGAUGGCGGUGGUGCCGGAUCGGAGGAUGAAGUACGAGUCCAGGCUGGAGGUGCUUAAACGGAACCGCCAGAUCGUUCUGGAAGGCCUCCAGCAGGCAAUUAAAGCAUCUCAGCCUGAUGCUCAACAGGAGCGUAAGCAACCAGACUCCUCUGAGGACACACCCACUACUGUUAAAAAAGAAGAGACAUCUGAAACCCCUGUCUCUGCUGAGCAAACCCCGCCCACAGAUGCAGAUGGUGCAGGUGUCACAGCAGCCCCCUGCUCUUCAGAUAAAGCAAAAAGUGUUUCAAAGUCCUCAUCCGUACCAGCAGGGGGUGCUACACCAGGACCGCCGCCUCCACCUGCUCCUCCUGCACCUCCACCACCCAUUACCAGCCCGAACCCUAUCGUCCAGCGCCUGCCCGCCUUUCUGGACAACCACAACUACGCCAAGUCCCCCAUGCAGGAAGAGGAGGAUUUAGCUGCAGGAGUGGGGCGUCCUCGCGUGCCCGGACCCCCUCAGACGUCUUACUCUGAUGAUGAGGACUAUGAGGAUGAAGAGGAGGAGGAGUGUGAACCUACAGCAGCGCCGAGCAGAUUCUGUAGGAAGUCGAGUCUUCGGACGAGGAGCGUGGCCCGCGCCAGCACUGCAGCGGCCGGAGCCUCGGGGGUUGAAGGUCAGCUGGCUCUGAACGUGCUCACCGAGAAACUGAAGAAGGAGAUCCAGAAGAAGGACACAAUGGCAACGGUGGCUGGCUCCACCCCCCUGAAUGUACGCACAGAGGGACGCACUGGCGGCAUCAGCAUCACGUCUGCAUCACAGCCGUCACCUACGCCCAGCAAUGAGAGCACAGAUACUGCCUCUGAGAUUGGCAGUGCGUUUAACUCGCCUCUCCGCUCUCCUGCACGCUCACAGGCGACCACACGCCCCUCCAGUCCUGUAGCGUCCCACCUGAGCCGUGUGCUGUUUGGUGAAGACGAGGGUCUCCUGCGCUUGGAUGCUCGACACAACCGUGCAGUCCGAGACCUCGGAUCGGUGGUGGGUUGCACGCGGCUGCAGCUGAAGGACGACGGCACCAUGCAUGCACUGCCCCCUGUUGAAGGACCAUCUGAGGGGGUGAAGAAAACGAAUGGCAUGGAAAAAACUGAAAAAAUAGAGAAGAAAGAAGCUAUCAGUGGAGGUGCACAGGAGACAGCAGGGAAAGAGGGAGCGCAGGAGGAGAAAAAAGUCAAGGAGGAGAGUAAAGAGAUGACUGACAACAAGCCAAUCACAGAAAGCGGCACCUUUGCCGAGCCUGAGGCCGUGAUUAAGCCAACUGGAGAGAAAUACUCGCCAAAAGAGUUGCUGGCUCUGCUGAAGUAUGUGGAGGCUGAUAUUUCUAACUGUGAGGUUUGUCUGAAAGAGGAGGUGGAGAAGAGGAAGAAAUACAAGAUUGAUGACCAGAGGAGGACCCAUAAUUAUGACGAGUUUAUCUGCACAUUUAUCUCCAUGCUGGCUCAAGAAGGGAUGUUGGCGAGUCUGGUGGAGCAGAAUAUUUCCGUGCGCAGACGGCAGGGCGUGAGUAUCGGCCGCCUCCAUAAACAGCGCAAACCGGACCGGCGAAAACGCUCACGACCUUACAAAACCAAACGCCAGUGAACCCAGACAUACAGUAACCCUGACUCUGACAGUCUAGUGCUCGUCAAACUCAUCACAUUUGACUGACCUGAGGUGCAGUUUGUGCCCCAGAAGCAGCUAUGAGCUGUAAAGUGUCCACUGAUUACAAAGCAGAGAGACGUUCAGAUCAGCGAUGCUUCAGUUCAUUCUGUGGAAGUGCUCCUGGUCAUAUUCUCAGUAAGUAAUCAGUCUGACCAUGAACUCUCCAACAAGGGACAUUUACAGGAGAGAGUCAUCUAAGUGUUAAAAGAUUUUAUUCCAUGUAAAUCAUUUUGGAGCCUUUCUAUUGGACCAUCAAUCAUCUACUAUAUAAAGAACAACUCUCAUAUAAUGUCAGAAAGACAGAAAGAAAAAAAUGGAGAUCCAAGUGUUUAGCGUGAUGAUGACAAUAUGCAUGUAAAGCUAAAGUGAUUAAAAUGUGAUAAAAACUGAUUACUUAAGGAGAAUAAUACCAGCAACACUUACAACUGUUACUUUAACCGGUGGACCAAUCACAGACAUCGUUAGUGUGACUUUACAAGUCAGAGGUGAGAAUGUUUGUUUCUUUUGUAUGUAAGUGUGUUUAGGUGUGUGUGUGUGUGUGUGCACGCACGCAGGUGAACAGAAAAACUGAAUGAAACAGAGCGUUUUCAGUCAACCUGUGGCCUUGCUGGUGCAGAUUCACCCCAGAUAACUGGUGCUCUUCUGUAGCUGCUGGUUCUCAGUUGAACUGACCAUCAGCAUCUAUAGAAGACCACACUAGUGGGCGGAGUCUGCUAAGGUCCAAAAAUAGGAAUAAUGUUUUGUAUUGAAGUUAAAGAGGAUUAGUGCUGGACUCUCAAAUGCUGUUCAUAUCUAUCUGUAUUUGAAGGGGGCAGCUGGAGACAGACCCCUAUACUCUUUAUUAUUUAUUGUUUUACAUGUUUAGUCAUUUAAAUGAUUAAUUAAUGAAUUAUAAUGAGUGUAUAAAAGGAAAUCAGUUUGUGAAACAAUCAGUAAUAAUGUUUCAGGGGUGUUUGUCUCCGGCCCAACACCCUCAAUGCACCCCCUACCCCUUUCAUAUUGUAUAUAUUAGUAUGUGUGUAUGUAAGAGUGUGUGUGGCUCUAAUGUCAUUUCUAUACAGAGCUGUCUGUUCUGAAUUCAGUAAACUGCAGUAAUAUGUAAA